GUCGCAACGCACGCCUCAAUUUUACGGCGCGCCGUUUGCCGCACAUUGGCGCACGAACAGGUUAAAUCGGGCGCUGGGAGUCGAAGUGAUUUUUGAUUUGCGUCUCAGUGAACAACUUGUGAUUUUUGGCUCAUGCGAAAAUAGUUUAGUUAAUAAGAGACUAAAAACAUUUUGAUGGUUAUAUUUAGUUGAGGAUCAACAAAAUAUCAUUUACAUGCUUCCACAAGAUGACAUGUGAAAAUAUUCCUGGAAUUCACAUUGUGAAAAAAUAUUGUUUUAAAUAAUGUGUAACAACAAAGUGUUUUUAAUAACAAAGUGGGCAUAAUGGCAUUGUCCUUUAGAAACAUUUUUGUUUUCAAACUUUUUUUUACCAGUUUGUUUCUUCUGGGAUACGUAGAACCAAAUAUUAGUAAAAAUCACGACUAUACUCGAUUGAAAAGAAGUUAUGAGUCAAGGAGAAACAAGGACCAAAUGGGUAAUCACCUAAAAGGCCACCAUUCAGGUGCUAUUUUCAUAACGGAAAAUUCCACCUCAGUAGUAGCUCAAAUUGGGGGAACAGCCAAACUACCAUGUGUCAUAAGGAAAAUCAACAAUGGGGUGGUUUCCUGGAUUAGAAAAGAAGAUUCACCGCCAACUAUCUUAACAGUUGGGUUGGCCACUUACAUUGCGGACGAAAGGUAUUUGGUAGAACAUGCACGUCACUUGCAAAAUUGGGGAUUAAUUAUUAAACACGUAAAGCCUUCGGAUGCAGGUGUAUACGAGUGCCAAGUGUCUACACAUCCCACUACAAGUAUUUUGAUACGUCUUAAAGUAACAGAGGCUUCGGCGGAAAUAGUGGGCGCCCCAGAUCUACAUAUCAAAGCAGGCUCGUUGUUAAGGUUGGUUUGCACGCUAAGGCAAUCCACCGAGAUACCAGAAUAUGUUUUCUGGUAUCACGAGCAAAGAAUGAUCAACCAUGAUCCGGGUGUAUCGGUCGAAGCUGAUAAAAGUAACAGCGUCUUGCAGCUGAAUGAAGCUGACACAAGCCACAACGGAAACUACACGUGCUAUCCGUCAAACGCAAUUCCAGCGUACAUAAAUGUACAUGUGCUGAACGCAACAGAAGAGGAAAAUCCAGCUGCCAUGUUGCAUGCAAAUUCCAGCGACGUGUCUCACGCCCUAUUUUUUGGAAUUUUGGUGGCAGUUAUUAUCAACUUAUUCGCAGUUUUAAAUAGAUGAAAUACUUAAUUCAAAUACCUUAUAAUCGUGUAUAAAUUUUGUAUAUAUUUUUGUAUAUAAUCAUUAAUGAAAUACAGUAACUCUACAAGAUCUUUAACACCCACCAAAAAUUAUUUUUUGUAUUUUUUGGAAGCAAAAUAAAAAAGAGAAAAUUAACAAUAUUAUUUAAUAAAAAUUUCAUUAAUUAUUUAUAUUAGAACUUAUUCAAUUAAUUUUAAAUCUAGAUUUUUG